AUGUACAGACAACAUGGUGCUUUUUCUGAUAUUAUUAAAAAACAAAGUACAGAUUCAUUACCUGUGCAAAUUUCUGAUUCAUUACUUCAACAAAAGAUAGUUAAAAGGUUUGCAGGUUUACUGUUGAAUGCAAGUUUACCGCAAACUGAAAAUGAACCUUACUCUGCACAAGGAAAUAUGUAUACUAGUUUGAACUCCAUUUUACGUCUUCCUGAAAAACUUAAAUCGGUACACAAUAUGAAUAUAAUUUUUAGAGGUGAUUUCCCUAGUGAUAAAAGUUCUGUCACCUUGCAGGCCCUAUAUGAAAAUGUAAGGAAUAAAAAUGCUGAGUCAGAUUCAAAACCUAAUUUUUCAACAAGCAAACAAAAAUCGAAUAGAAAUUCAGUUAAAGGUUCUAAUUCUAUCAAUAUGGAGUGGAAUGUUUUACUAAAUGAAGAUAAAACACCUAAACUUUCAGCACAUCUUAAUUAUUCAUGGAGCGAAUUCUCAAACAAUACUAAAUGUUUCUUUUCAAUAUAUGAAGCUACCAAAGCAAAACCUUCCCAUCUUUCUCCCAUGAUAACCUUUAAAUUUGAUGGUGCCUGGGCAAAAGCACCACUUUUUGACUUUUCAAAUUCCAUAUUAAACAAUCCUCAAUCUGAGUUUAAAACUACAUUGUUCCGAGGUUCCUCAGAGAAACCAAUAGCAAUAGCAGAGUGCAAACUUCAAAGAUCUGCUGAGCGAAAAAAUUAUCUGUUGGAACAAGCAGAAACUAAAAGCUGCCAGAAAGAAAUGGAAGACGGCAACUACAUGUUGCCUUCUUGUCAAAUUGCAUCACAAGAUGCAAAUUACUUUGAUCAACAUAAUUGUUCUAUAAAGGUUGAACACUUAAAUGAAAUGAAUAAGGAGCUUAUGCUUGCUUUAAAUUUUAUUCAUAUGUAUCAUAAUAGUUUUUUUUAUUACCCACGAAGACAGUCUGAUCAUGAAAAUCAAAUUUCCCUAUUUACUCAGUUUGCUCCUAAUUUUGAGUCUGCAAAUGUUUCCAUUCUCUUCCCUAAUAUAGAAGCAAAAUUGAAUAAUGUUAGAAUACACUCUUUAUUAAGAUCAGUUGUAAAAAUUCAUCCUACAGAAACUGCAAUGACACGUACAACACAAAGUCUUUUAGGAAAUCAAUAUAACCCAACAUGUGUACUAGACAAAACAAAACUGAAUACUUUUGACAAUCGAACUUACUCAAUAAAAUUUGGUUCCUGCUGGUUUGUUUUAAUGGCACUUACGUAUCAAAGUGUAGCAGAUCCCAAACUCAGUAAAAAUAAUAUUUUGGUUUUAAUCCGUGAUGUUGAUGAAGGAAGGGUAAUGCGAAUAAUGGUUGGAAAUGAUGUGGUGGAUAUUACUACUCAAGAGUUAAAUAAACAGAAUUCAUACAAAUACAUUUAUGUUAAUGACAAGCAGUAUAGCGUACCAAAAAAUGAAAUAACAAAAAUUGCUCUGAAUAAACAAAAUAAUAAUGAAAAGUUACUUACCACUGUAGUAGAUGAAAUUAUCAAAUUACAGUUCACAAAUAUAUCAAUUGUAUUUGAUGGUAUCCGAGUACAGUUAAUGAUAGGAAAUAAAUAUAGAAAUCAAGUAUUAGGAUUGUGUGGCACAUUCACAGGUGAAGAACAUGAUGACUUUUUAUUGCCUACAAACUGCAAUAUCAUUGAUUCAAAGCAAUUUAUUGCCAGUUACGCAAUUUUAAAUAAUAGCACUUGUACAGAAGAAGAUCUUGAAUGGGCCAAGAUUGGUAUGAAUAAGUCAUGUUCACUCACAGGAGAUACCUUGAUUCACUCAGAAUUUCCAAAGACUGCAUCUUGCCACAAUGAUCAAAACAAAGUGUCAGAUCCCAGAUGUAUGAGUAGAUAUAAUCAAGUACUUCAACAAGAAAAAUUAACAUGCUUCAGUCAACGUGCAUUAACAAAGUGUAAACCUUCUUGUUACCCCACAAAAAUUGUGAAGAAAUAUGUGAAGUUUCAUUGUGUAGAAACAUCAGUACUCUCCAAGCAUUUUGUGGAAAUAAUAAAAUCAGGAAAAGUUCAUGAUUUUAGCAAAAAGCCAACAACAAAAAAUAUCACUGUGGAUAUUCCAGCAGGCUGUUAUAAGUGUUAAUGGGAAACAAAUCACAUAUGGUCUUCCUAGAUAAAACAAGAUAUGAUGCACAGAUAUAAUAUUAAACAUUUUUAAUAUCAAAAUGUAUCAAAUUCACACAUACAUUGUACUAAAAAUGAGACAAGAAAUUCAUUGUUAUGGAUCAAUUUGUCAAUAAUAAAGCAAUUUAACAUCUUAUAUUCUCUUGUAAGGAUUCCAUUUUAAAACAGU